AUGACUGCAAAAGACACUUCAAGUUAUCAAGAUGGAACUCAACAAGAAAGUCAACAAGGUAUUCAACCAUCUGCCCCUCAAUCAGAACCAGUUCAACAAGGUGUUCAACCAACUGCCCCUCAAUCAAAACCAGUUCAAGAAGGUGUUCAACCAAGUGCUCCACAAUCAGAAACUGAAAUUCAACUAGAAUCACCGGAAGAUAGAGUACUAAAAGUAAGACAACCUAGCCGUGCGCAAGAAGAAGGAGAAGCCGAAAAGAAAAAUCAUCCUCGAAAGAAAGCGAAACACCUUGUCCCACAAGAACUGAAGUAUUAUUCUGAUCCGAUUCGUAUACUCAAACCCACCGCCGCACCAACUAAAAUGCUGGAUUCGCAUUUUAAGGAUGAAUGUGAAAGGUUCAAGACAAUUAUUGCAAAUUCGGGGUUGGAUGAUGCUGCCGAGAACUCUAUGUUGGAACAUGACCGGGUGGCUAUAUCGGCGUUUGUGGAGAGACUUUAUCCUGAUACCGACACCUUCCAUAUGCCAUUUGGGGAGAUGAUGAUUACCCCAGAUGAUAUAUUGGAGAUUCUUAGGCUCCCUGUUCAUGGCAAAGGUGUCAGGGAUGAGUACACAAAGCAGUUGGAACCGGACAAACUUUAUUCUCUAACUAAGGAUUGUUUUAGUUGGGAUGAAGAAACAUCAAAACUGAGUUCAAUAGAUGCAUGA